AUGGGCGGCACCACGCGGCACUACUUCCACCGCUUCUCGCGCGCUUAUGCCAUGGGUCCACGCAAGCGAGGCAACACAUUCCCUUCCCUCCCUUCCCUUCCCUCCCUUCCCUUCCCUCCCUUCCCUCCCUUCCCUUCCCUCCCUUCCCUUCCCUCCCUUCCCUUCCCUCCCUUCCCUUCCCUCCCUUCCCUCCCUUCCCUUCUGCUCCCCCCUCUCCUCCUGCAGGCAUUACGGCACCACUCGGCACUACUUCCACCGCCCAACGUACACUUAGGCCAUCGGGCUGCACAAGAGGGACAAACCGCACUGCGAGUGGACUCAAACCACCAGUCAUUCCGUUCCCUUCUCUCUCCUCCUGCAGGGAUCGUGACGGAUGGCACCACUCGGCACUACUUCCACCGCCCGUCGCGUGCCUAUGCCAUGGGGCUGCGCAAGAGACGAAAGAUCUUCUCAGAUCGCCCCUCCGCUGCCGCUUUGCCACCCGGCACUUUCUUCUGGGCCUGCUCUGUCACCCUGGUGCCUGCUAGUGGGGGAAGGAGGGGAAAAGGGGGAGGGAAGGCGGAUGUGGGUGCAGGGCGCGGGUACAAGUGGCACAAGGCGGGGAAGACUCGCCCCUUGUUUGCUCAUCUUGUGGAAGAAAAACCUGGUGCUGUACGAGACGUGCGCAGGCAGGGGCAAGAGGAAGAUUGUUUUGUUGAGCUGCCUCAUAUGACCAACCUUGAUCCUUCCUUCCUUCCUCCACCCAUAACCUCUCAGAUUGGGUGGAAGAAGUUCCUGAUCGGUUGGAAGAAGAUUCUGGUGCUGUAUGAGACGCGGGCGCAGAGGGGCAAGAAACGGGGGGCAGAGGAGAAGGGGAGCCCUGCAGGGGGCAGCGGGAAGGACAGGAAGACGAACUGGAUCAUGCACCAGUACCACGUGGGGGAGCAGGGCGAGGAGAAGGAGGGCGAAUGGGUGGUUUCGAAGGUGUUUUACCAGGACAGGAAGGCCAACUGGAUCAUGCACCAAUACCACGUGGGGGAACAGGGCGAGGAGAAGGAGGGCGAAUGGGUGGUUUCGAAGGUGUUUUACCAGGUAAGGGGGUUUGCCAGGUUGCCAUUACAGUGUUGCUUGAAAAGCGGUGCGGGGGGCUGGAUGGUUGGAUGGUGGGAUGGGAAGGACCAGAAGGCCAACUGGAUCAUGCACCAGUACCACGUGGGGGAGCAGGGCGAGGAGAAGGAGGGCGAGUGGGUGGUGUCGAAAGUCUUUUACCAGAUCCAGCAAGGAGGCAGAGUUCAGGCACGCAAGGAGGCAGCAGGGAGGGGUCACUGCCGCCUGCAUGAUUUUAUCCAGCAGAGGCAGAGUUCAGGCACGCGGGCAGGCAGCAGAGAGGGUUCACUGCCCCCCCUUGGUCAAGGGGCAGACGAGGAGUGUGGGGGCGAGGGGAGAGAGGACAUUGAAGCAGUAGGGGAAGGGGAGGGUGGAGGGGCAGAGGAGGAGGAAGGGGAGGAGGAGGAGGCAGUGGAUGAUAUCGAGGAUGUUAAUGACGAGGAUGGGGAUGGGGGUGGGAGUAUGGCAGGGACGCCUAGAGCAGCAGUGGCAGGAAGAGGAGGGGGGUUGGUACCAGGGGCAGGAGGAGGUGUGUUUGUAGCUGCAGGAGGAUCGGCUUUAGCAGCAGUGGGUUCGGUUGUAGCAGCUGUAGCAACAGGAAGGAGAGGAAGGGGAGGGCGUGGAGGUAGGGGAGUAAGCCAGGGUGGUCGGGGGGGAUCUAGAGGGGGUAGGGCAGCUAAGGGGGGAGUGCUGACAACGAGGGGUGCAUUUCAAGCAUCGCAACCAUCACCCAUGUCAGCCGCCGCUGCCUCGUUUGGUGCGGCGUUUUUGCCACCAGGGCACCACUCACCACCCUUACUCCCUGCAGCUUCUCCUGUUUCCACAGCAGCAGGUGCUGCCUCAGGUGCUAUUUCAGGUGCUUUCUCAGGUGCUGAUCUGAUAACCGCAGCAGAAGCAGCGCCAGCAGGUGCAGCAGGCGCAUUUGCAGGGCCUGCUCGACUGCUCUCCUUCCACAACCAAGCACUCCCCUGUGGGGUCCAGGAGGGGGCUUUAUUAGGCACAGCAGGACCACCAAACACUGGCGUUCCUGGUAUAGGAUUUACUCCUUUCAGUAGGAAAGGUGGUGCUGCUGGUGCUGGUGGUGGUGGUGGUUCUCUUCGUGCCAGUACUGGUGGUGUGACAGCAGGUGAAACUACCAGCAUCACCAGCAACAGCAGCGGCAGUGGGCAUGGCAGUGGCAGCGCUGGGGCAAUGUUCCUUUCUCCUCCUCCUAACACACAGAGACGGGUGGGGCUCGGCGGUUUCAAACCCCUAGACACUGGUGCUGCUGGUGCUGGCGCUUCUGCUGCUGCUGGUGGUGGCGGUGCUGCUGAGCCUGUCACUCCAAGUAGCACUGCCAUGCCUGUUCCCAUCACUCCCCCUUCCGCGCACUCUGCCUCAGGUCUUGCGGCGUUGAAACCGCCUGGCUGGGGUGGAGAAGCAGGGCGGCUGGUCCCAUGCCAACUGCAGCAACAGCAGCAGGAGCAGCAGCAGCAGCAGCAACAGCAGGGUAACCAUGUCGCUACAACUACCCCCAGAACUGAAGCUGCUACAGCUGCUACUGCUGCAGAGUUAGUGGGCAGUGCAGGAGUGAGCGACCUGAGGGCGUAUGAGCAGUCGCUGGGAGACAGUGCCUCGGACAUUGGCUCAUACUCACACUCACAGGAGGCAUCGAUACAAGCAGCUCCCCUUGCCAUGCGACCCGCUGCUGCUGCCAGCCUGCCUGCCACUGCUCUAAGGCAAUACUUGGCUCAGAAGCAGCAGCAGGGGGGAGGGUACCAACAGGCUAAUGAGACAGGGGAUUACCCACAGCAGCAGCCACAGCAACAGCAAUAUCAUCAUCAGCAGCAGCCGCCACUGUUGCAGCAACCGCAACAGCAGGCGCAGCAGCCGCAAGAGGCAGGGAAAUACAGGGAGAACAGUAUGCUGAACGAGUCUGGGGAAAGGGAGAUUGGGGGACAUUUGGGGGAGGUGGAUGCAGGGCAGGUGCAUGGGAUGGGGUUGCACGUCAUGGGGUCUCAGGAUGAGAAUGGGGCGGCAGGGAAGUGGGAGACAGGCAGCGAGGCAAUGACUCUGGAGGAAGCGACACAGAGGCACAGAGUGGGGCUGCAGGAGGGGGAGGCCCAGCGGCAGCAACUGCUGCAUCGGGAGAAUCACCAGCAGCAGCAGCAGCAGCAGCAACAGCAGCAGGAGAAUUACCAGCAGGAGCAGCGUUUUCAUCAACAGCAGCACGAAAACCAGCAGCAGCAGCAAGCAUCAGUUGAAACUGCAGCAGCAGCAGCAGCAGCAGCAGCAGCAGCAGCAGCAGCAGCAGCAGCAGCAGCAGCAGCAGCAGCAGCAGCAGCAGCAGCAGCAACAAAGCCACAGGAGCAGCAGGGAGAGGGGAGGGACGAGGGCCACAAAGGGCAUGGUUCCCUGCAGGAUGGGAUGGAGGGGCUGCCUGUUCUCUCCCAGAACGCUCUCUUUUCGCAAGGAGUCCUUUUUUCCCAGGGUACCCCGGAUGAAUACCCGUUCCGGUUCCUCUCCACGCCCACAGACGAGCACACUGAUGGCUCUCCUAAGAAAACAGAGUGUGAUGCAGCAGCAGGAGGGGCUGUAGCAGGAACGGCUGUAGCAGCAGGGAAUGUAGCCGCCAGUGUGGCUGUAUCUGAUGCAACUACAGCCGAUGCAGCAGCUGUAGCAGCGCCAGCAACGCCCCGAGUGCCCUCAUCUGCUGACGUGGCAGCCAGUGCUGCCAGCUCAGGGAACAUGGAGGCGGGCUGUGCAGAGGGAGGUACACCUGGUGUAGGCUGUACUGGUGUGGGCGGUGGUAGAGGCACACACACCGGUGCAGGGAGCAGUGAUGGGGAUAGGAGAGUAGGAGAGGUGGUGGAGAGUACAGGGGUGGAAGGCAAAAGCCUGUGGAAGCCCGCUCCUAGGAGAUUCUCCCCUCCUGCUGCUGCCAGGGGUGAUGCCAGGGGUGGUGGUUCUAAGGGCGCCCCUGCUGCUGUGGCUGAGCACCUGCCCUCCUCUCUGCCUUCCCUGCCCCCGUCACAAGAGCAUGUGGUGUGCUUUGAGGCAACUCAACCAGUGGAUUUGGGAGAAGGGGAGGGGGACGAGCGGAUAGGCGGAAUUGGGCAAAUGCGGGUGAUUGGGGCAAUGGGGGGGAUGGAGGAGAAUGGAAGGGAGCAGAAUGGGGGGGAUUCAGAGGAGGCGAUUCAGGAGACACAAGUAGAGUCUGAGGAGGUGGGUGGUCGGGGGGGGGAUGUGGGACACGAGGAGCGACAGCGGGAGCUGCAGCAACGGUUGCAAGAACAGCAACAGCAGGGGUUUCAGCAGCAGCAGCAGCACCAGCAGCAGCUGCAACAGCAGGGGCAGCUGCAGGAGGUGCCACAGCAGCAAGGGGUUUCUGCGGGGCACAGGGGAGCAGCGACAGAGUCAGUACAGCUGAAUGGAGGCGAACAGGGUGGGGAUGGGCAGAAGGAGUGUGUGGGACAGCAGGGGACGAUGGAACGGGGGGACGAUAGGGAGGGAGAAAGAGGGGGAGAUAGAGGGGAGAAUCGAGAGGCGAAUGGACUGCAGGGUGAGGGAUGUCAAGCAUUGCCUUUAAGUUAUCCUUCUGCUGUUCCCACCACUACAGGCACUGUUGCCAACAGCACACCACCCCUGGCGUCUGCCAAUAUUGCUGUUCCAGCUGAAGGAGGGGAUACGAGCAGAGAAGGGCCAGCCACAGCGUGUGGGAGUGAAGCAGGCAUGGGCGGGCGUAGGGAAGGGGAAGGGGAAGGGGAAGAUGUGGUUGUAGGCAGUUGUGCGGAUGUAGCUGGGGCUAUGGCUGGUGCUGCAUUUCGGAUCGGCAGCAGUGGCCCGGGCAUGAGCAACGGCACGUGGGGCGAGUGGAUGGGGCCUGCUAGCAUGCACUCCGACGCUUAUCCCGGCCAUUAUCCCGCGGCGCCUCAAGCGGGAGCGUCUUAUCACCAGCAGCCGUAUCACGGUGCUGCUCCUCCACCUCCUUACGUUGCACCUCAAGCACAAGUUCCGUCACAACCGUAUGCGGUCGUGGGGUCGCAGUACUGCUUACCGUACGAGACUGUGCUUGUAAUGAAGGAGAAGAUGUUCUCGUUAAGCGAAGCGAAGAAGGUCCAAGAUACAAACGGGAAUCUGCACUUCAAAGUCGCAAACAGGCUGCUAUCCAUUCCCAACAAGACGGAAAUUCAGGACGCCACAGGAGCACCCGUGUGCAUGCUAGUAGGGAAGGUGUUAACUUUGCACAACACCACCUACCUCUGCCAGGGGAGCAGCACAGAAACCGAGGGUCACUUGCUUAGAGCCAGGAGGCCUUACAUCACCUUUCGACCCGUUAUUGAGGUGUUUUUACGGGGCAAUACCCCUCCCUGGCACAUCUAUUUUUCCCCAUCUUAG